CAGUCAGAGUGGAUGGAUGUACCACCUGCAAAAGUUUCAUGUGAAACUGGAUGAAUAAUAAUAAUAAUAAUAAUAAUAAUAAUAAUAAUAAUAAUAAUAAUAAUAAUAAUAAUAAUAAUAAUAAUAAUAAAUAGCCAAGGUUGUUUCAAAGCCUCCUCCAUGCCGGCCCACGCCCCGCCCUGCCAUGCUUGUGCCCCCCCGAACCUCUUUGAUGGUCUCAGAGAAUGGAACGUCACGUUUGUGGUCGACACCUCGGGGAGCAUGUACUCCAAACUGUGGGGGGUGAAGGAGCAUCUGAUUCAGGCGCUGUAUGAUAGGGCUUACAUGCUUCCAGAUUUCAAAUUUAACAUUGUGGAGUUUAACAGCGAGGUCAGUAAAUGGUGCGACCGGUCAGUACGAUGCAGUCCACAAACUCUCGCUGAAGCCGUUGCCUGGAUUCGCUGCCUGGAGUGCCGCUCUGUCUCAGACUCCUGGACAACACUGACCGCACUGGCCGUUGCUAUCGGGGACCCAGCCUGUCACGCUGUGUGUCUGGUCACUGAUGGGCUGCCGGACAGCUCCCCUGGAGGAGCCAGACCUUGGCUGGAAAACUGGCCUCCCGUCCAUGUGGUGUAUCUCAGACAGAGCUCCCCCCAGUGGCUACUGCAGGAGAUAGCAAGGGAGACUGGUGGAACCUUCCGCAUGUCAGCCCUGGAGUCUACCAGUGUUGUAGAGGCGGCAAUGCCAUUGUCCCAGGCAUUUUGUUCAGUGUUGGGAGGCAGUGACAGCUCACUGUGUUACUCUGGGGUGCCUCUUCACUGGCCUGCCCUUUGUAAUCCUGAUUCACACAGACGCCCUGUGAAAGCCGAGGUGAAGGGGGGCUCUGUUGAUGGGGCCCAGGGGGGUCCUCAGCUGGUUAGAGGGGCUCGGAUUUUAGCCAGGAGAUACCAGGAUGGGUUUUACUAUCUCGGACAUCUCAGCCAGGAGGUUCAGGGCUUGGAGGAAGUGUUCACAGUGGAGUUUGAGAGCAACAAGCGUUUCAGAGGCAGAUCUGGGUGCCGCCUGCAGGAGACAAGGCUGUGUGAUCUGGUGCAGUAUGAAGAUGCAGUGAGGUGCCCCGUCACUCCUGGGGACUCUGUCCUGGCUCCCUGGGAGCCCGAUUUGGAGAGAUAUGGACCAGGAACUGUGCUGUUGGGCCAGGAGAGUCGAGGACACAAUUCAGAUGCUGAGACCAGUGAGCAGGGUCUGGUAGUGAAUUUCUGGAAUGGGCACACGGUGAGAGUGAGACCAGGAGUGGCCAUCCAGGUCCCCCUGCAGCUUUAUGAAUUCCUUGUUCUAGAACUCCAGAUGCCCCUGUCAGCCAGACGGAAGCUCCAAGAAUCUUCUCCAGGUUAUCCCAGGACUGCUCCCCCUGGGUACAGGGCUUGCAGGGCUGAGAUGGUCCCAGCUGAGCAUCCCUGCAGCUAUUCAGCCACCUCCACUCCCUCAGGAGCCCACUUUAUCUGUCCACACCGGCCUGGCAUUAACUGCCAUAGCCUGUCAAUUUGGGAUGCACUGCUUGAAGGAACCCCUAGGAUUGACCUAUCAAAUGGGGAUACGAAGAAGGAGGGUCAGGGCCAGCGAUCCCUUGAAAGAUCUGCUGCUUCUGAUCUUUGUACCCCUUCUCGUGCAAAGAAGGGGGUGCAUGCUGUGGGGUUUAAGGAAGGAACACACAGUAAAUCAGAGCAGCUGCAGAUCAAACAUGGAGGUGCACGAAAGGAUGUCUGGAGAGGCACUUCCGCUAGCACUGUGGGGAAUGUGAUCCACUGCAGGGCUUUGGACCCAGGCUGUAGCUUGAGGGAACCUUUGUGGGAUAGGGAGAAGAGGACCAAUGAUGAGUGGAGGCACAGUGACCCACCACCUACCUCCCCAAUCAGCAACAGACCUGGGUUUACUUUCUCAAGCAAGGCAAGUCACAGAGAGGUGUUCCAGGGUAUCCAUCAGGCAUUGAGAAGAGAUCAAAAAGCCAUUGAAGCUGCCUUGCUCAGACCCCCUGCAAACUUAACUCAGAAGAAGAAAAAUAGCCGGUGAAGACUUGAGGGAAUUAAUUGGAAUUGUCUCCAGGGGAGAAAAGAAAAUAACAGCAACAGUACCAGGCAUCUUGCUGUCCUCUGAAGACCACGAAACUCCCUUUCAUAGUUGAAGUUUACUAAUACUGUAACGAAAACACACAUCUACCUAAUGAUUUCUUAUAAGAAAUAUACAGUACCGGCACAAAUUAUGUCAACAACAAAUGACUUACAGCAAGACUAGGGGUGGGGAUUUAAUUUUAUUUACUACUUACUUACUAAAUACCCUGGUACAGUAGUCUCUGGCUAAGAGCACACCUCUUGGGAAGCAAGCGAAGUGUUCUCUAAGACAUAGUUGACCACCGGACACAAUAUGCCCAGGGCAAUUACGAUAUUAAUAAAUACAUUGAAAUGUAUGUAUUACUUUUGUCAGGAUGCAUGAAAUGAAACAGAAUAAGGGCAUUUUCACACCUAGCUCGUUUGACCCUUUGAUGCAGGUUGAAAUGUGGUCCGGUUUGCUUGGAGUGACAUGUGAAACCUCUGAGAACCGUGUAAUUGCACCAGGAUGCGCAUCAAACCAAGUGAACCGAGAUCACUUGAAAUGGUGGUCUCAGUUCGCUUGGAAGGGGACUCUAUACGUUUGCCACAUCUCUCCAUUUCAACUUUUUUCAGUGUGAAAGCAAACAUAUUCCAGUUCACUUGGAAACGAACUGCUCCAAACAGCGAAGCAAAUCGUGGACGUGACGUACUUCAGCAAACACCAAAGUGUCUCCCCACUGUCGCACAUAUGGAACGCCAUAAUGUACACAACAGCAUAUCACAAAAAAAAUACACUAAUAAUGUUUGAGAUUAAAUUACUACUGCAGCAAGCGUGUUCUUUAAGCAUAAUAGCAAAACUGUCACAAGCAAAGAAAAGUAUGAAUUGAAUAAUAAUUUAGCGCAUGUAUUAUGUUCAAAAUCUUCUUCUUGGGAACCAGUAAACCGAUUGAUCUGAAACUUCGCAUAUGUCAUCAGCAACCAAACUCGCUUCAAGUUUGUGAAGCAGAAGUUGCUGCGAUAAAUUUUGCUAUCAAAAUGGCUGCCACCAAAUUCGGCAAAACGUGCCCAAACAUCACUGUUUCUGGUUAUGGUUACUAUACACAACUCAUUUAGGAACCCAUAUAUGGGCAGCAGUGUGGAGUAGUGGUUAGGGCUCUGAACUCUUGACUGGAGGGUUGUGGGUUCAAUCCCAGGUGGGGGCCACUGCUGCUGUACCCUUGUAACAAUUGUAAGUUGCCCUGGAUAAGGGCUUCUGCUAAGAAAUAAAUAAUAAUAAUAAUAUGUUCUAUUCAAUGGGAAAAUUCUGUUUCACUACAAGGUUGUUCCAUAAGUCGAGGUGUUCCUAUACGUGAAGAAUACUGUAUCUCUGAAUAAUCAUUUAAAAAUAUGCUAAAUACUCUAUGAGCAAGACAUCACGCAAGCAGAAUGGUACUCUGAAAUGAUUAUCUGUUUAAGGAUACCAAGAUACUUUUAGUAAGUAAAGGAUCUGAGUGAGGAAAAAUGGGCAAUACAAUCCCCACCCCUGGUCUUGCUGUAAAUCAUUUGUUGUUGCGGAUACUGUAUAUAUUUUAGUAUAUUAAAGUACACUGAGUUAUUAGUUGCAUGUCUAAUAACUGCUUCUAUUUUUGGUGAUGACAAAUAUGUAACACUAAAUAUAUGUUUUAUUUCUCCAAAUUAAAGUUAGCUUUUGAAUAAGUGGGGAGGUGUACUGUGCAUUUAAAUGGUAACUUUGCAAAAAGGCAACCCAACUAUAACUAAUAAAAUAGUUUUUGUGUCUUAUGUGGAAAUCAGCCAUACAAAAAUUAUAUAGGAGCAUACCCAAGACCUAUCCCAGUUAACUGGUCUGUUGGUUUGAGUGGAGUU